AAUUGAGAAUUAAGUUAUUACAUUGGCUAAUAACAUGAAAUAAAUAAAGUUUCUUUCUGUCGUUAGUCAAUGUAAACAUUUUUGAAUGUGCCGGGAAUACUUUAUACUUGAUAAUUAUCGAUAUACAUUAGAAUCAAAAACUCGGUCAGCUGUUUUGCAAAGUUGGAAGAAGAAGAAAUUCACGCCGUCGGAAAAUAUUUUGCUUUGAGGAUUUUACGCAUAUUUUGUAAAAUAUGACUACCUUGGCUGAUGGAAAAGUGAGUCUCAGGAAGCUGGAAUAUCCGAAAUGUGCAGUAGAAGCGCUUUCCCGUUUAGAGGGCUUAAUUGCAAGCCGAAAUAAACAGAACUUGGUCAUGCAGAUGAUUUCCGAGUUUAUUUUUCUCGAGCGCUGCAAGGAUGGGGAAGGGCGGAAAAUGCAGCCUUUGGCUGUGAUAAGUCAGAUGAAUAUAUAUCAAGAGUUCCAGCUGAUAUUGGCGCUAAUUGAGUACUUUUCGCGACCCGGCCGAGAUGCCACAAGGAAUGCUAUAUUCUUAUCACUUUUUGGCAGCCAUUUAACACCCCAACGCUCCAGACUGCUUUGUAGGCUGAUCAGCACAGCUGUGUCUGGAUCUGUUGCUCCACUGCUUUCUUCAGCUGGCACAUGGAUGCAACAAGUUGGUUGCAAGACACCUCCAAGUCUGGAGGUUGCACAGAAUAUAGUUAGCGAUUUUAUUGCCUUUUCCCGCAAAACUCCAGAACAAUUAAAACAACUGCCUAUGGUUGGUCCACACUUUGCGGCCAAUUUUAUGGUUGCCGUUGCGGAUCUUUACAUGAACGAGAAGCGUGCAGGUGUCUUAACUCCUCCACCCGACGCGUUAUUGGAUGCAAUAACAGAGUGGACUACAGAAAAUCCAUUGUUAUGUCAAGCCCCGCAACAACCGCUUGUGUUACCAGCUGGUGCCAUUGCGAUGCCAUUUGCUACGCCAUUAGCUGGCCUGUUACGCUGGGUGGUUCUAGCACCGUUGGUCUCAAAUCGACCAACAUAUAGUCAGCUGCAUUUAUCAUUAUUACAAACGCUACUACACUUGGUUAACAGCGGUGAAUCCACUCCCUUGCACUCUCAGGAUCUGAUGGAAAUUGUAACAUCAUUGAGAAAAUAUUGCUCACGCCUCACUGAGGCGAAAGUGGCUCCAGAAGAGGAUGAAGCUUAUAUAAAGUGCAUGGAACGCUUUGCUCAAGCCGUGCAGAUAGCUCUGGCCACUAACUGCAUUACCAAUCAGAUUCAACUGUUUUGUGUUCUUGAAACAUUGCCGCCACACACACUAAUGGGAAUUGUGCUAGCGACGCACAAGAAGCUAUAGAUGUAAAUUGAAAUUUUUGCGGAUAAAAUACAUCAACAAGCUUGUACGUAUUUCUUAAAUAUUUGUAUGAAGUAUUUGAAGUAUUUUUAAAACGACAGAA